ACCUCAUUCUCCCAAAAUAAAACGACAAAGAAAUUAAAGAAAGAUGGAGAAGCACGUUUUAACUUUAAUGCUAAUCAUAUGCUUAUCAAUAAUAGUGCUGAAGCUGCAGUCUCUCUCCAGGACAAAGAAGAUCACGCGCCUCCAUUUCUACCUCCAGGACUUCAUCGACGGUGACAGACCCACCGUCUGGGAAGUGGCGGCCUGCAACCUAACCGGCGUUCUGCCGUCGCUGUUCGGGAAAGUGAUGGUGAUGGACGACCCCGUCACGUCCGGGCCCGAGCUAGACUCUGAGGAGGUGGGGCGGCUGCAGGGGACCGCGGGGGUGGCCGACUUCCGCGAGGAGGCUCUCGUGCUGCUCCUCAACCUCGUGCUCACAAAGGGCGAGUUCGAGGGCAGCACGCUUAGCAUUCUCGGCCGUAAUCCGUUGGGCGCCGAGUCGAGGGAGGUUUCCAUCGUCGCCGGCACGGGCGCCUUUAGGAUGGCCACCGGCUAUAUCAUCACUAGCACUUAUUAUAAAGAUCCCGCUGGGGUUCAUAAUGUCUACGAGUACAAUGCGGUCGUGUAUCAUAUGGAUCCCAACGUUGUGUUCUGCUGUAAUUAUUGAUAUACUAGGCCAUGUUUGAUAGGGUAAUCUACGGAUGAAUUUCUAUGAAAAGAGUAUGUUCUCCGUACUCAGAAUAGUUCUCUGUUUGAAUUAGUCGUGAGUUUUCAUAAAUUUGUUCUGUUUGUAUUUUUGAUGAUUAAUUUUGUUGGUUGAUAUGUUCUGAGUGGGAAAAUCGUUUUUGUUGCAAUGAUCGAGGAAUGAUGUUUUUGGUAGAUAAAAGUAA